AUACAAACGCAUCGAUACCUAAGCCAAAUAAAUGACUUUCAAAUUAUAAAUUUAUCUGUAAAGAGAUAUGAGAUUACAUAAAUUCGCUUGUUUCUUAAGUUUUAAUCACAAAACUGCAACAAUGGUGUCGUGGGUAGCAGCUGUUUUAGUUAUAAGUGCAGCGGUGGUUUCUGCCUACCCUGCUAAAGACCCGGUGAUCGGAAAAUGGUCUGAAGGUCUUCGAUAUGACUAUUUGGAAGAUGAUGCCGGUAAAGUCCACCUCGUGGACAACUGGAUGAAGAUCAGCGACUUUGACAGACUAGCCAGAUACAACCCUGACGCUUCCAACAGAUACCAUCUGUUUACCAGGUCUAACCCCUCAAUCAGCCAGCCUCUGGUCCUGAACAACCCUGCUACAGUCCACAACUCCAACUUCAACCCCCGUCGGCGAACCAUUGUGAUGAUGCACGGCUUCGCUGGUUCCAUAACUUCCGGAUUUAACACAGUUCUAUUACCAGCUUUCUUAGCUGCUGCAGACGUUAACGUCAUCAUUCUGGACUGGAGUGCUGGAUCCUCAUGGGGACCGCGUGCUAUCCAAGCUGGUCAGGCUGCUGGUAGAUUUGUCAACUGGCUAAACUCCAUCACUGGCGCUUCAGCUGGUGAUUACCACGUGAUUGGCUACAGUGUUGGAGGCCACGGAGCUGGUAUCAUCGCCAGAACCAUUAAUGGCAACGUUGGAUACGUGACUGGUUUGGACCCUGCAGACCGUUGGGACACAGCCUGGCUGUUCAGGCCCAGCGAUGGUAUUUACACUGAAGUUAUGCACACCAAUGGAGGAGACAGUGGCUGGCUGAACCCUCUCGCUGACGUUGACUUCUACCCCAAUGGGGGACGCCGGAUGCCUGGAUGCAUGACCUCCUUAUGCCAUCAUUACAGAUCCUACUACUACAUGGCUGAGUCCCUUCGUACUGGAGGCUUCACUGGAAGACGGUGCGACAACCUAAACGCUGCUCUCGCUGGCAACUGCUCAGGAUCUACCCUCAGAAUGGGUGGCAUCCAACCCAAGACUGGCAACACUGGACUUUACCAUCUGACCACGAACCCGAUGCACCCAUACUCGCGCGGAUAAACCUGAAAAUCAGUUUCAGUGUACUGAAAAAUCAAUUUUUCAGCUAUCAACACAAUAAACACACCUAGUCUUUUCUUCGUUAAUAAUAAAAUACUGUUAUACCUAAUAUGUACAUAAAAUAAAUAAAACAAAAAAUAAAUAUUUUUACAAAAAAAAACAGUA